GGGCAGCAUCUGCGCACCUUCGGCACGCUGGAGCAGCAUCACCGCGUGGCCGCGGGGCUGCGGGUCAUUGAGGCCGGAAGUGAUGCCGUCGCCUUUGCCGCCGAGUUGGCCUGCUCGCGGUGGCUGGCGUUGCGUCUUGAACAUGCUCAGCAAGCUCUUCGGUACUCCUGCAGCACCAGUGCGACUCCAGCAGCAUCAACGCCGUCACCAGCUGCACCACGACCGACCACAGCAGCCGCUGACCGACACUUACUGCAGCACCACCAACUCCAGCAGCACCACGACCAACCAGCGACCCACUCCAGCAGCGCCAGUGCGACUCCAGCAACAUCAACGUCAUCACCAGCUGCACCGCGAUCGACUCCUGCAGUGCCAGACCGACGCCAGCCGCACCACCACCAAUUCCAGCGGCACCGCGACCAACCAGCGACCCAUUCCAGCACGCCAGGGCGACUCCAGCAGCACCUACUCCAACUCCAGCUGCGUCUCGACCGCCUCCAGCAGCACCUGACCGACACCAGCACCACUGCCAACUCCAGCAAUAUUACGACCAACGUGCGACCGACUCCAGCAGCGCAAGAGCGACUCCAGCAGCAGCAACGCCAAGCCCAGCCACACCACGACUGGCCCCAGCAGCUCCAGACAGACACCAACAGCAGCUCCACCAACUCCAGCAUCACGGCGACCAACCAGCGAUCGACUCCAACUACGCCAUUGCGACUCCAGCGGCAUCGACACCAACCCCUGCUGCACCACGACAGACUCCAGCAGAACCUGACCGACACCAGCAGCACCACUGCCUUCUCCAGCAGCACCACGACCAACGUGCGACCGACUCCAGCAGCACUAGAGCGAUUCCAGCAGAGUCGACCCCAACCCCAGCUUCACCGCGGCCGACUCCAGCAGCACCUGAGCAGCACCGCCGCCAACCCCAGCAGCACCACGACCAACAAGCGACUGACUCUUGCAGCACCCGUGCGACUCCAGCAGCUUCGCCACCACCCCCAGCUGCGCAGCGACCGACUCCAGCAGCACCUGACCGACACCAACAGCACCACCACCAAUUCCAACAAUUCCGUGCUGAGCGAGAUGGCAGUCGCGAAGCUGGAGCCAAACAUCAGCCGCUACAGCACUGCGAUCAGCGCCCGCGAGAAGGGGCAGUGGCAGCCAGCUCUGGCUCGGCGCAGCGAGAGGUUGGGGGUGAAGUUGGAGCCUGCCAUCUACAGCGACCAGAGCAGCGCGUGCGAGAAGUGCUGGCAGCGGCAGCGGGCCCCAUCACUGCUCAGCGUGCGGGUGUUGAAGCUGGAGCCCGCCGUCAAGAGCUCCGGCACUCCGGUCAGAGCGCGCGAGAAGGGCGAGCAGCGGCAGCGGGCCCUAUCGCUGCUCAGCGAGAGGCGGGUGGCGAAGCUGGAGCCCGACAUCAUGGGCCACAACGCGGGGCAGCCAGCCCUGCCGCUGCACAGAGAGAUGUGGGUUGUGAAGCUGGAGCCGGAAAUGGCGAGACACAGAGCCCCGAUCAGCGACUGCGAGAAGUGCUUGCAGUGGCAGCCGGCCCCGCCGCAGCCUUGCGAGACGUCGGGGCCCCCGACAUCAUCACCUACGGCGCUGCGAGAAGAGGUAGCUUCGGCAGUGGCAGCAGGCUGCGACGCUGCUGAGCGAGAUGCUCGUGUAGAAGCUUGA